AUGAUGAAGUGGUCAUUGGUUAUCAGAUUUACCAAUACAGUCUCAUCGACUGAACAAAUUAAAGAUUUGGAAAUACCCUUUAGUAUAAAUUUUGAUAAAGAAGAUGUUAAUAAGUUGAUUAAUGUUAAUUGGAUAAAGAAUACCAUAAGAGCACGAGUUAAGAAUUGUUCAAAUAAUCGAUUAAGAUUGAUUUAUAAUGGUAGAGUAUUAAAUGAGAAAACCAAUUUCAGAAGUGAGAUUUUUGAACCAAGAUUAAAAUAUUCUCAACAACAAUCAGAGGGUAAUAGUAAUGAUAAUGAUAUUAAAGUUUAUAUUCAUUGUGUGGUGGGAGAAGAACUUACAGCUCAACAAUUAGCCGAAGAGAAUCAACUAGAUAAUAAACCUCAAGAAGUAACUACUACUCCGCAAGUAAUAGGUUUUGAUAGAUUAUUACAACAAGGAUUUAGUCAUGAAGACAUAACUGAUUUAAGACGACAAUUUUAUUCUAUAUAUAGCCCUAAUAUGCUUCAACUGAAUUCAAAUCGAGAAAUUAAUGAUUUAGAAGAGGAGGAACAACGAACUAAUGAUAUACGACAACUUGAAGAACGAUGGAUAGAAUCAACUGUUAAUGGGAAUACUACGGGAACAACAACUACUCCACCAGUAACUGGUGGUAAUGCUGCAAAUACUACCAAUACUGGUAUUGAUGGUACAACUGGAGCAGCACAAGCUCCUGCACCUGCUCAAGAUAUAGAUGAUGUACAAGGUAAUGAAGAUUUAUUGUUAGGAUUAUUAUUAGGCACAUUUUUAGGAGUUGUCAGUGUCAUAUUUUUAGCCACCGAUGAUACGGUAUUUAAUAAGAGGGUUAAAACUUCAAUGAUAGUUGGAGUUUUCAUAAAUUUUUCAUUUGCAAUAGUUAGAGGUCAAUGGGUGUAG